AUGCCACUCUUAACUCUGUGGAUAUUAUUUCCUCUUUUGGAUGUACUGCAUGUGGCAGUUCGUGCUGAGCUUGCACAGUCCCGUGCAUCAAGACUGGACUGUGUCCGGGCUCAUGAGCAGUGUUUGGGUCGGUAUGACUGCAGCUCCGCUUUCCGCACCCUGAGGCAGUGCGUAGCGGGGACGGCGGGGAACAUCAGCGUGCUGACUGAACCUGAGGCGCAGGACGAGUGUCGAAACGCCAUGGAGGCCCUGCGACAGAGCUCUCUGUAUCACUGCAAAUGCAGAAGAGGCAUGAAGAAGGAGAAGAAGUGUCUGCGCAUCUUCUGGAGCAUCUACCACAGUUUACAGGGCAAUGAUUUGCUGGAGGACUCCCCGUACGAGCCAGUGAACAGCCGUCUGUCUGACAUAUUCCGCCUGGCUCCCAUCCUAUCAGGUGAAGCUGCCUUUAGCAAGGACAACAACUGCCUGAAUGCAGCCAAAGCCUGCAAUCUGAAUGACACGUGUAAAAAAUACCGCUCUGCCUAUAUCAGCCCGUGCACCAGCAGGGUCUCCACCACCGAGGUGUGCAAUAAACGCAAGUGUCACAAGGCCCUGCGCCAGUUCUUCGACAAGGUCCCCGCCAAGUAUAGCUAUGGCAUGCUGUUCUGCUCAUGUCCAUCUGAGGACCACUCUGCAUGUUCGGAGCGCAGACGCCAGACCAUCGUGCCAGUAUGCUCCUAUGAGGACAGGGACAAACCCAACUGCCUGUCGCUCCAGGCCUCCUGCAAGACCAGCUACAUCUGCAGGUCCCGUUUAGCUGACUUCUUUACCAGUUGCCAGCCAGAAGCCCGUUCAAUAUCCGGCUGUCUGAAAGAAAACUAUGCUGAUUGCCUGCUGGCUUACUCUGGUCUUAUAGGUACAGUGAUGACCCCAAACUACCUUCGCUUGAGCAUCAACGUGUCCCCCUGGUGCGACUGUAGCAGUAGCGGCAACAGCAAACAAGAGUGCGACAAGUUCUCUGAAUUCUUCACCAACAACCGCUGCCUCCGUAAUGCUAUCCAGGCAUUCGGGAAUGGUACAGAUGUUGGAGUGUGGCAGCCUCAGCCACCCAUCGCACCAACGUCUGCUCAUUCUAGCACCCCUCAGAGAGGACGGGACAAGGCAACUAAUGUUCUGGAUGAGCGACCACUUUCUAAUGAACUGGACCCCAGCGGUGAUCACCACCUGUAUAGUUUCUGCGGAAACCUGCAGGCUCAGAAGUUAAAGAUGAACAUCACAGUGGAUGCCCCAUGUGUGGACCCACCCCUGAUUGACCCAAGCAACUUUAAUGCUAUUGCAGGAAGUUCAGCCAAACUCAUCAACUCGCUCGUCGUCCUCAUUGUUGUUCAGCUUCUGCAUUUGUAG